AUGGCAGGGAACCGUUUCGCUCGGGCGUGCCACGCAGCAGCAGAGAAGAACCGCCGUGGGCUUGAGGCGCAGGAGUGGGCUCGGUGGGCGCCUCGCCUGCCGCCGCGGUCUUGCGUGAACCCGGGGCGGGCGAAGGACGGCAUUACAGGCUUCGCGCGUAUCAGCGCGGUGGAGUCGCGCUUGCGGGCCAUGGAGACGAUGCGCAAGUGGCUCUUUCGUGCAAGCGGGGCCCCGUGGCCUGUUACGAUUGCGUACUUCAUCGACAACGCGCGUACUUGGGCCGCCGAGCCGCGCGGGGCGAUAGUGCCCAAUCAGGCCCUGCGCGCCACGGCGUGGGCUAAGCGGGUGGUGAGCGUGGGCCAGAAUGGCAGACUCCCCGCUUGGCCCCAGGCCCCGCCGGUCGUAGCGAACGGAGAAAUGUUUUUCGCUGCUAGCAGGGGCCCGACAACAAGGGCAGCGCGGUUCCCCAGCGCGUUCAUCGGGGCCCUUGAGCGGCUGGUCAUGGACGAGGACUUCGCGAGGUACCUACGCGGGGUGGCGCGCGUGACGCCGCGGCCUGACGGCCACGCUGGGGCCGCGAGGACUACCGGAGCAGGGCGCAAGAUGCCGGAGCUGCUGCUUGUGGCGCCCCGUGAGUGCUGCAUGCUGGACCCAGCAUGGGUACAGACGGGCUUCGAUCUUUGGCAGGAAACCGUGAAACUCGAUUGGGGCUACAUCCUGCCGCGGAGCGACGACGAGGGGCAGGCAAUUGCGGUGACCUGGGGGAUGCCGAAGCCAGCGGUCUGCACGGGCCAAGUGGUCGAGCUCCUCAUUCUCGAGGAGCUCGUCGUGAUCUCCUGGAUAGAGCACUUGGAGCGGGCGACGAUCCCUUCGGCCACGCCAGCGAUGGGGGCCCCGAAGAGCGACUACCCGGGCCGGUGGUCGUCAGAAUGCGCGGACCCCCGCGCGCGGACAUGCCGUGCCGCGCGGUCGUUUCCGAGCUCCAGCAGCGGAUCGCAACGGCGCUGCGUUCCGGAAAAGGCCUGCGCGGAGCUGGGCGAGGCGGCCGCCAUUCCAGACUCGGCGGACGGGCUGGUGUUGAGCAAGAAUUUCUGGGAGCGCGACAUGAUCAGUCAGAAGUACAGGCGCCUCACCUCGGCCGAGAUGGCGGCGGCGGCCGCCAAGAGCGAGGGCGAGGGGUCGGACAGGAGGCGGCCUGCCCGGGCGCCGACCGCGGGCUGUCCAGACUCGGCAGAGGACGGCCGCGCCCAGGGCGCCGGGGAGUACGCCGCGGACGCGAUCGACGUAGAAGCGACGGCCUGGAAGCUCGAGAAGGAGGCCCAGGCGGCGGCAAGACCUUACUUCGAGGCCAGGCAGAUGGAGGUCGAGCGGGGCGACAUCUGGGCGGGGGCGCUCAUGGCGGGCUACCCGCAGUGCGACUGCAGGGGGCCAGCUCGCGGGGCAGACGUGCGGGGCGAGGGCAUCUCGGGCCCGACGCCCCUCGCGCCGCCGCUGCCGAUCCAGGGCCCCCCAUGGGGCGACCGGGCGCUGCCCGCGCCUCUGGGCAGGGGCGGCAGACAAUGCUUGCGCCAGGACGACGUUGGCCGCGCGGUCGGCGACGGCCUGCAGCGCCUGCGUUUCCGCUGCCUGUCCAGCGGCGAGGACGUCUUCGGCUACGGCUACGUGGAUGGUUCCACAGGAUCCGCGGCGCUGAGAGUGAACGGGCGCAGCGUGGCGGUGCUGCUGAACCAGGUGGGCGAUGGUCGCUCGAGGCAGGCGGGGCGCGAGGUCCUGGCCGCCGUGGUUGCCGAGCUCGGGCUCGCGCCCGCGUGGCACCUGGACGCGCCGCACGGCUGGGGGGGCACCGCGGGAGGUGCCGUGGGCUCCUCGGCGGCGGCCGCCUGCGCACAGGAGGACAAGCCCAGCACGUGCGAGGACGCCGCGCCAGUCAUGCCAGCCGCUGGCGGUGCCCUGGACGAGGAGCCCGGCGCCGAGCCCGCCGAGGGAGGCGCGGAGCCCAGCGCCGCCCGCGGCGGGGGCGCGGACGCGCUCUCGGGCACCUGGCGGCUGGCGGCCGGGGGCGACCUGGCGCAGGUGCUCGAGAGCCUCGGCUUGCCCUCCAUGCUGGCGAGAGUGCUGCGCAGAACUCUGCGCAUCACCGCGAGCGACGACAGCAUCUCCAUCUCGGACACCAUGAUAGUCGCGGGACAGACGGUGGAGAGCGCCGAGCUCCGCUUCGUCGUCGGCCAGCCCUUCGAGGCCGAGUCGCAGAUGCUCGGCCGCUUCGACGCGCUUGCCACCUGGGCCGACCCAGAUGGCGAGGCCUCGGAGCGGGCGCUGAUCCUGGAGAAGAGGUUCUCCGUGGGGUCCCGGCAGGUCUGCAUGGAGGAGCGCCACCUCGUCACCGAGGACGGGCGCUUGGCUCUAGGCAUCACCCUGCGGGGCAGGGGCCGCGCGAGCUUCCGUGUGCGGACCGCCGCGGACCGCGACGGCCUGUGCCUGGGCCUGGAGGACGGCACGCUGCGGCUGAAGCAGGACGUCCAGCUCGGGCAGGACACCGCGUUCGCCGGGAGCCGCGUCGUCG